AUGAAAUUCUCCAUUCCAUUGAUAUUUUUCAUUACGUUCAUCUUGGCUUUUUUCAAGUUGAAUGGAGCUCAUUACCACGGGCCUUUGUUGAAGGCUGUUCACAGUAAAUACAAAACUAAUGGAGGAAUUAUAGUAUCAGGAACAGGCCACAUGUCGUUUGGCCGGACCACAAUUUGGCAUGAAGCAGUCAGGAUGUUAUCAAAUGAUGGAAUAUUCACGGUUAUUGUUAACUUGAGGCAAUUCGGAGACAAGCUGAAGAGUUACAGCGGCGGCCGUAUGAGCUUGCUCAUCGUAAUCGCGAUUGACACAGUUGAAGAAUUACAUUCCUUUGAAUCAAUGAGUAAGGAUUUUCACCUCAGCUAUGCUGUUUGGCUGAUCCUUUUCUCAAGAGAUGCUUCACAAGAUGUUUGCGAUUUUUGUCGCAAUCCACAUGAUAGCUUGUCGAAUUUGGGAUUCGGCUCUAAAGUGCUUGUUUCAUGCUGUGACUCGGACAUGAUUGAAGAAUGGUGGUCUAUCGGCGAAAAUCGUAUUGAAAGGCAGGAACUUGGCCGAUUGAUGGAUGACAAUCAGGGAAUUUUGUGGCUUUCUGAGGAAUUGGUGAAUCGCCGCAGAUAUUCGCUGAACGGCCAAGAGUUGCGCAUUGUUACGGUUCAGGACUCCUUUUCAUUCCAAGAGAAAAACGGGACUUAUUAUGGAUUCUUAGGUGAAAUUCUAAAAGAAUUGCGUGAAGCAAUGAACUUUACGGUGUCAAUAAUUUACGAAGAAGGUUACGGUGCCUUAAAUCUGAAGACCGGUAACUAUACCGGCUACAUCGGAAGAAUCCAUCGACGAGAGGCUGAUCUUGGUGUUGCUCAGUAUUUUAUCCGAAAGGAGCUAUUGCAUGUGUUAUCGUAUACAUCUCCCGUCUUAAGCGGAUAUUUUGAAUUUCACUUCAGAAAACCUGAUGCUGUUAAUGUACCAUGGAAUGUUUAUCUCAAGGUGUUUACAGGGCAUGUCUGGAUGGCAAUCCUCAGUUUAAUUCUGACAUCCACUCUUCUGUUAACUCUCAUCACAUACAGAAGAAGAUCCCAUUUUGUUCCACUUCUGUUUGAAAAUCAUUUGAUUGUUUGGGAUAUUUACUGUCAACAAGCCUUACCUGCAUUUCCUGAUAAAACACCUUUGAGAAUUGUUUAUAUAUCACUGGCGUUGUCGGCGUUAGUCACCUUGAGUGCAUAUUCUGCGUCAAUAAUCAGUCAACUUGCUGUAUUUUCAUACUCGCCAUUCCGUACACCAGAAGAAUUCGUAGAGGAUGGUAGUUAUAAGAUCAUACGGCUGAGGAACACUCCGUCCCAUUCCACGGUGAUGGAUUACGAGCUUUCGGAUGAGAAACUCAUGAAGAAGUUUGAAUCCCUCUUGCAGCUGAGAGAUUUGAAUCCUAGAAAUCCUCAGGAAGCGUUCGAACAAAUAUGCAGGGAGAGAGUGGCAUUUCUCGCCUUCGAGACAGCGAAGACAGCUGUUAACAAUGAAAUACCUUGUGAAAUUACGUCCUUUAAAUUUGGACCGGUAUAUCACGUAGCCAUGCUCAUGCCACUGGGCAGUUCAUAUAUGGACCUCAUUAAUCACCAUAUUCAACAGUUUAAAGAUAAUGGAAUACUGCGACGAUUGAAGCGCAAGUAUUCUACGGUUCCACGAGGAAAUAAAUCUGCUCUUGCACCAGUGGAGAUACACGAAAUCGCGCCAAUUCUGUUCAUGUUAGCUUUUGCAUUUUUGAUCGCUUUCAUUAUUUUUAUCAGCGAAAUGAAUUAUGAUCCAUUUACGAAGGAGUUGCAUAAACCAAGACGACGAAAAACUCGGAAAAGAAGAGCAAAAGCAGGACAUUUUCAUCUCCGACAUAGGAUUUAG